GGAGCUGCGAUGGCCUCGACGGUUCUGUCGCCGCCGCUCGUCGGCGCGGCGGUGGCGGCUGCCACGGCGCCCAGGCUAGUGGUGGGCUACGCCCUCACGAAGAAGAAGGUGAAGAGCUUCCUCCAGCCCAAGCUGCUCAUGCUGGCGAGUGCUUGCCGGCCAGAAGAAUUCAUGAACAGGCUAAUGUGAUACCAAGGGAAGUAUUCUGGUCUUGAAAGCAUUAUAAUUUCCACGGUAUGGGGUGAGGGGAAUGCUAUUCUAUUCCUUGAUGCACUAGUCAAGUAGUGAUCGAAUCAGACCUCCACUGGAGCGCAAAGUUGGCGGGAGCGGCUAGUGAGAGUGGCUUCUGAGUGAAGCGUGCUGGAUUAAUGAUUUACUAGUACCAGUGGCAGCUGGCAAGUGUUUUUAUGGAAUUCAAUGGCAUCUGUAGAUAUGCCCGAUAUGUGCAUCCCAUGUUGACUGUUCCACCGCAUGAGGGGGUCUCAAUAGUCAAUAGCUUUAUAGUAUCGUUUUCAAGUUGGUGGAAUGGGCCUAAGCGUCCAAUUCCUUGUUGAUUGGUAUCUGGGAUUCUAGUUUGGAAUAUUCCUGUGGAUAAGCACAUCACAUGGAAAAUGACAAUUUAUUGAUGGGAGUGUCUCUGCUGUGUUCAAAUGUACUCUACUUACUCGGUCGCUAGAUCUGAUGGCAACAUGGGCCACCGACAAACAACAGUUUCUUGUUAGUUCAGCAGGGGCCGUGUUUCCCUAAAAAAACAGUUUCUUGUUAGUUCUCUGGAUUAAGAACCAAGCUGAUUAAAUUGUUUUCUUGUUGCUUCAUUUGUGACAAACAUAAGGAACACAUGUGGACUACUAGUAAACAACAACAAAAUUAAGAGCUAGAAUAUUUUUAUGCACAAUGAAGUGGUUUCUGUUUGAACUAUUUAUCUAUUUUGUGAUUGUUUGUGUUUCUGAUUUCUCGAGACUGUAAAUUCCUGCAUUCUGAUAUGAUGCGGUUUAUAUUUAAAUGCUUCAUAGGCUAUGGACAUAAGCAAGGUUGUGGGAAAAGCAAAAUAAAACAAUUUUGACAAGGAGAAUAUUUUUCACAAAAAUUGAGCGGGUUUCCUUGACAAUUUUCAUGCCCUGAAAAUUGAUUGAGUUUCUCCCUGUGUAGGCCUUCGCAACUCAAACAAUAAAUAUUCUGAUACCAUGUACUUCACUUAUGUAGACUCCUUUCUUUGCCCCUGGAGAUACACCCUUGUAACAUAGCAUUUAAGUUUCUGAUUUGAGUAUUAUGCCAUUGCUCAAGCAUGUUGCUAGCUUUAAGUUCAUGGCAUGCUAUAUGAAUAUUUCUAUGAUAUUUUGUGUACUUUGAUAGUCAUAUGUGGAAUUAUGGAUACUGCCAUCACUAGCUCUGCAUGUAUUGAAUGCCGUGGCACUUGCCAGACUUUUAUUUUUUUUCCUUUUUGCUGCUUGAUGAGUUUCUUCAUCAUGUAUGUUGUCAGGAGGAACGGAAUCAGUUUUGUUUCUAUUGAUGAGUCUCUUCCCCUCUCAGAACAAGGACCUUUUGAUGUUAUUUUGCACAAGAUUACUAGCAAGGAAUGGCAGCAGGUUCUGGAGGACUACCUUGAAGAACAUCCAGAAGUUACUGUCCUCGACCCUCCAAAUGCUAUCGAGCAUCUGAACAAUCGACAAUCAAUGCUUGAGGAAGUAGCUGAUUUGAACCUAUCGAAUUUCUAUGGAGAAGUUUGUACCCCACGGCAACUGGUCAUUACGAAAGAUCCAUCCUCUAUACCAACAGCUGUAGCAAUGGCUGGACUAACUUUUCCCUUGGUUGCCAAGCCAUUGGUUGUUGAUGGAACAUCAAAAGGUCACGAACUAUAUCUUGCAUAUGAUGAGGCCUCCUUGUCAAUGCUUCAUCCACCUCUGGUUCUACAGGAAUUCAUAAACCAUGGCGGUAUCCUCUUUAAGGUCUAUAUCAUUGGUGAAACAGUACAAGUUGUCCGCAGGUUCUCCCUUCCUGAUGUCAACACAUAUGACUUGCUAAACAACGUUGGCAUCUAUCGAUUGCCAAGAGUUUCAUGUGCCGCAGCUAGUGCGGAUGAUGCAGACCUUGACCCUCUUAUUGCAGAGCUUCCUCCAAGGCCACUUCUGGAGAAACUGGGGAGGGAGCUUCGCAGCCGGCUGGGGUUGAGAUUGUUCAAUGUUGAUAUGAUUAGAGAACUUGGAAACAAAGAUCGGUACUACAUAAUUGACAUCAACUACUUCCCAGGUUUUGGGAAAAUGCCAGGAUAUGAGCACAUGUUCACCGACUUCUUACUGAGUCUUGCGCAAAGCAAGUACAAAAGGUACUUAAGCGGGACCUGAAGCGCAAGGAAGCUUGCGAGCGAAGAGGCGUCACUGACAAAAUGGCAUAUAACGGUGGCAGCUGUGCUCCCCCACCGAUGUACAUAUUCCGGAGACAAGCAUAAGCCGGAGGCUCGAGGAAGUCGCAGUUUGUUUCUUCAAAAGUGGUGGCACAUGGUGGAUUCUGAGUAGGAAAUGACCAAGGAAAUGUUUGGAUGGCCUGCGCCCAUGUGGUAAAAUGUUGUUUACUGAAUGCGUGCCUUUCUUCGUGGUGGCCUCCUUUCACCAUAAUUUGGCGACCGGUUUUUUUGGGCCAAGCUUCACCCAAUUGUUUGGUCUC